UUGCACACGUUUCAAAUAUCAGAAUCAAAUGACAUUUUUCGUUUCAAAACAUGUGUAGUUUGUUUUAGACAUCUGACAUUAUAAUGUAUACAAAGACAUUAAUACUUUCCCAUUGAAUUGCAGAUCAUGUGAAUUGACGUACAUUGGACCAUUGUAACAACUGGGAAAUAUGGCGACGGGUCGUGAUCGUCCAUUGUACGUAUGGAUUACGGGAUUUUCCAUUUCCGGUGUGAUCUUCUUGGUCGGACUUAUUGUGUUUUUGGUUUACGGAUGUAAGCGAUGGAAGGAAAACAAACAAUUAAAACUGCGCAGAAUGGAGCUGGAAAGUGAAAUGGCGAUAAACAUAGACAAACAGGAAGUGAAAGCUGGUACUUCCGGUCACACAUUUCGAGGCAGCUCACGUGUGGGUGUUAUUAAUAGCAAAGAAUCUCAAGUUGUGGCUCCAUCGGAUAGUACAGUUGAACAGGAGACAAUUAAAUUGUCAGAAUCAAGUCGAAUAGUGACUUUUCAAGUGCCAAAAACUUUAUAAAGUAGUGUGGCCUAUUACAUUUUGCAUUUGACUCAUUUCCGGUUGAACAGUUAAACGUGAAGCCUAUAUGAAGAAAGAAACGUUUUUUACUGUGAUCAAAUUUAUUCAUAGAAUGGAUUACAUAAACCGACUUUGUGCUUGUAAACGUUACUGUGUCUUUCAAAGCAUCGGCCAAAACAGGAAUAGACUGGGAAUGAAACUUGUUUAUUGCCUCAGAACAUUGUUGUGUAAGACAAUGCAUAUUUAUAUAUAUUCACUCACCCAUGUUACAUUUUGAUACCAAGAAAUAAAGUUUAUUCAUUUCCACAUUCUAAAUGUUUUUCACGUCAAUUUCGACCGUGGAAAUUGAUUUUUUCUUGGAUUUUAUAAACAUCCUUUAAUUUACCAUUCGUCUUGUACGCUUUCCUAAAAAAAUGCAUAGAGGACGGACAAGCAAUUCCAACCAAUUAAUUGUUUUCAGUGAAGGUGCAAAAAGGGAAAUAAUUUGAUAUGCGUUUGGGAAAAGAUUCGAAGAAUAAAUUGAUUUCAAUUAUAUCGUCAUUGCAGUUUACACCAAGGUUGUGAGCGUGGCGAAAUCAAACUUGAUGUUAUACUCAUGGAUGCAGUGUUCUGUUUAAUGUGUAUAUACUGUGUGUAUAUUUUUGCUAGACAAUGUAUAAUCUACCGACAUCUUAAGUUGUAAUAUGUAUAAAUGUCUUUACAGUGGCUAGACUGAAGAUGAUCGGCUUGAGAAAUAUACACAUAAUAAAC